AUGUCUAAGAACGUUGAGGAUGUUUAUAAGAUGGUUUCAUAGGUUGAACACAUCUUAUUGAGACCUGAUACUUACAUAGGGAGUGUGGAGAUUUCAGAUUAAGAAUUAUGGAUUUGCGAGGAUAGUGAUUAAAUUUCAUUCAAAUUUGAGGAAUUUAGUUAUUGUUAAGGAUUGUACAAGAUUUUUGAUGAGAUAUUGGUGAAUGCAGCAGACAAUUAUUAGAGAGAUAAAUCUACAGAUCGUAUAUCUGUGUCAAUAGAUAAUGAUUCUAUAAUGGUAGAGAAUACAGGAGCAGGUAUUCCAAUAUAAAUUCAUAAACAAUACAACAUCUAUGUACCAGAGAUGAUUUUUGGAAGACUACUCACAUCUUCGAAUUAUGAUGAUUCUGAAUAGAAAGUGACAGGAGGUAGAAAUGGUUUUGGAGACAAAGUUAGCCAAACUUGUUUUAGUUCAAUAUUUCAAGGGUGGAAACCAUUCAUCAAUCCAAAGAAGGUUCACAAUGGUUUGGACAGAAGAAACAUGAAAGAAACAUACAUAGCCCGGAAAUCACCUAAUACAAACGAAAAGCCCUUACACAAGAAAUAACAUUCAAGCCUGAUUUAAAGAACUUCUAGACAAGAUAGAUUAUCGGACAUAGUUCCUUUGUUGUAGAAAACGUGUAAUUGA